GCUGCCUGCCGCGGCCGUAGUGCUAUGGGCAGAGCCAUGGGGCUAGCGGGGCUCCUCGUGGGGUUGUGCCUCGUCUCCGCCGUGCUGGUGGGCACCAGCCUUCGCCAUGGCGUCCCGCGGGGCGGGCCCGAGCCUGAGCUGGAGCUGGCCGAGUGGGACCCGGGCUCGGGCACCUUCCCCGAGGACUUGCUGUGGCCGCUGCCGCAGUCGCUCCGCGCAUCCGCCCACCAGCUCCAGCUGGCCCCGGACCGCUUCCAGAUAGUGCACGGGGCCGGCUCCUCGGCGGGGCCGGCCUGCGCCCUCCUGCAGGACGCCUUCCGCAGGUAUUACGAGUACAUGUUCGGGUACUCCCGGUGGCGACAGCGGGGUCGAAAAGGGCUCGCUGCCAGGCCGGAGUUAGCGCAGCUGCAGGUCGUGAUCACGUCCCCGGAGCCCGGCUGCAACGGCUACCCGCAGCUAGCGUCCAGCGAGGCCUAUCAUUUAACCGUAACUGAUCCUGUGGCCGUGUUGAAAGCAGAUGAGGUAUGGGGGGCUUUAAGAGGUUUGGAAACCUUCAGCCAGUUGGUUCAUGAAGAUGAUUAUGGAAGUUUUCUUGUCAAUGCAUCCGAGAUCCACGACUUCCCAAGAUUUGCUCAUAGAGGAAUUUUGCUUGAUACGUCAAGGCAUUAUUUACCUGUGAAAUCUAUUCUUACAAACCUGGAUGCAAUGGCUUUUAAUAAAUUCAAUGUUCUCCACUGGCAUAUAGUAGAUGAUCAGUCAUUCCCUUACCAGAGUAUUUAUUUCCCUGAGUUGAGUAACCAGGGAGCUUAUUCCUAUAACCACAUCUAUACUCCUACUGAUGUCCAUCUGGUGAUUGAGUAUGCCCGGUUAAGAGGCAUUAGAGUUAUCCCAGAGUUUGAUACUCCAGGACACACGCAGUCUUGGGGACAAGGUCAAAAAGAUCUCCUCACCCCUUGUUACAGUGGAACGCAGCCAAGUGGGGCCUUUGGACCUGUAAAUCCCAUUUUGAAUAUGACUUAUGACUUCAUGACUAAAUUCUUCAAAGAAAUCAGCAGUGUAUUUCCUGAUGACUACAUUCACCUCGGAGGAGAUGAAGUGAGCUUCGCUUGUUGGAAAUCUAACCCUGAAGUAAGAGAGUUCAUGAAGAAGCAAGGAUUUGGCAUUGACUAUGCUAAACUGGAAUCUUACUACAUUCAGAAGAUUUUGGAUGUUGUUUCUUCCUAUAACAAGGGAUAUAUGGUCUGGCAAGAAGUGUUUGAUAAUAAAGCACAGCUAAAACCGGACACUGUCGUUGAAGUCUGGAUGGGAAACAACUACGUUCAAGAACUAAGCAGUGUCACAGGAGCAGGCUUCACUGCUAUCCUUGCAGCUCCCUGGUACUUAGACUACAUUAGUUAUGGGCAGGACUGGAAGAAAUACUACACUGCUGAACCACUUAACUUCCCUGGAUCUGAAAAGCAAAAAAAGCUUGUAAUAGGUGGAGAAGCCUGCCUGUGGGGGGAAUUUGUGGAUGCCACCAACCUCACACCAAGAUUAUGGCCUCGUGCAAGUGCUGUAGGGGAAAGACUCUGGAGCAGCAGGAAUGUGACUGAUUUAAAGGAUGCUUAUAAAAGGCUAUCUAGUCAUCGAUGCCGUAUGCUCAGGCGUGGGAUAGCAGCUGAACCUGUGUUUGUUGGAUACUGUGCUCAUGAAGCAAGAGGGCGGUAACUGCUACAAGGACAUCUACUAAACAACCUGAAGUGCCUCUGAGGUGGGACUGUGUGUAUAUGUGGUUUGCUUUUUAAACAAAUUUAAAACUUUCAAUUUUAAAAUAAAGUUAUGUUAAUUUGUCAAACUGCUCUUGGGGUAAAAAUUGUGGGCUUUUUUUUAAGCCUCAGAUGAUGAGACUAAUUGUAUGUUAAGCUUUCAUUAGAAGUAGAGAUUAUUCACUGUGAACUCGCUACCAUACAGUCAGUUACCAUUCCACUUUCCUUGCAUAUUAGAUACAUUGGAGGAAAAAUAAAGGAAAGAUACUGUUUGAAGAUAAAGAGCAAACUACCUUUAUUUUAAAUUGUUUUAUCAUUUGCUGCUUUUCUAAAUAAGUAUACAACAGUAAAUUACAGAUGAAUUAUGAAUUGCAACAUACAGCACAUCAGAACUGUACCAUUACACCUUAGCCUUUUGACCUAAUUGAUUUAAAGGUCAAAAAAAAAUCUACACACAAAAACCCCAAAAUGCUCCAAGCCGGUAGACAGGGGUUACUGGUUUGGGAGAAUUCUGUAUUUCUUAAUGGUUUUUGAACAGAUCUUAAUUAAUUUGCAGAAGCAUCCACUCCACUUAUUUGCUAAAGCAAACUCGGGUAAAUGUUACUGUGCAUUUUCCUAAACGUCUAAAAAAGUAUUUCAAGCUGUCUUCUAACAAUGUGGGAAUACCUACAGUUUAAGAUAUAACCAUAUCCUUAACCAUAUUCUCAUAUUCUGCUGAAAACAAAAGUCCAGAUUGAUACCUGUAAGAUCUGAACUGUGAAGGCAGCAAAUUGUGGUUGCAUCUCUGGUUCAAUUGCUUUGCAUUAGAUGGCAGUGUCUGACCCAGUUCACUCAUCUUCUCUUUUGUCUUGGAAAGUCAAAAACACAGUCUGCUCGUGCAGCUGAGAAUCUCUCACUUACCAUAAUUAGGGAGUCACAGAAGAACAUAGUGGUGCAUCUAACCAGUCUUCUGAAAAUAUUUAAUAGGGAGGAUAGAACAUACAUGACAUUUUCAUUGUACAGAGUAAAGUGAUCAUACCAACUCAUACCAGCUCCUUCUUCCUCUGAAGAAGUGUGCUUUGCUCGUGACUGUUCAGGGCUUGAUAACUGGCUAGUUCCAAAGUGAAGGUUGCGGAGCCAGAUGUUAGAGAACGCAGAACUGUUGAGUAACCCUGGACAAAAUACAGAACAUGUAUAAAGAUAUUUAUUAUUGUCAGUCAAUUUAGGAUACAGGGAAGAUUUAUUAGCACAGAAAGCUGUUUAGGGCUAAGAGGGGUAAGUGUACUGCUACAUUCCAGAAAGUUUUUUUUUUUUUAAUGUAUUGAAAGUGCAGUAACAUCCACCAAUAAAGGAAUGUAUGAAUGAA